AUGAUUAAAAAAUCUCAAGAAGAAGGUCUUAUUUCUGGUUUUCAAACUAAGGAAGAUGGUAUUAUGGCCAGUCAUUUGCAAUUUGCAGAUGACACUCUUAUUUUUCUUGAUGCAGAUGUAUAUCAAGUUAAAAACCUGAGAUUAAUUCUUCUUUUAUUUGAGUUGCUAACUAGAUUGAAGAUUAAUUUUGCCAAAAGUCAGAUUUUUAGAGUUGCUUAUGAUGGUGAUUUAACUAUCUUCUCUUCUCUUCUGGGUUGCCAUAGUGGUACUCUGCCUACAACAUACCUUAGUUUUCCAUUAGGUGAUAAAUGUUGUGGAGUAGAUAAAUGGGACAGAAUCAUUGAGAAGUUUAUUGCUAAACUUGCUGGGUGGAAGAAGAUUUUACUCUCUAGAGCAAGUAAGAUCACUUUGAUUAAUAGUGUUCUUAGUAGUAUUCCUAUUUAG